GAUAUGAUAUCAGUAGCCCCCGUUUUGAUAAGAAGUCAAGAAGAGUCUGAAGAAACCUGUGGAAUGCCAAUCGAUCCGAUAUCCAGUCAUACAAACUACGUAUAUAUCUGUUGAAUCUUUCUGUGGGUCUGAUAGCUGGAUAACCAGAUAGCCCCAGUCAUCAUGUCUGAAGACAGGAGCCCAAGGGUGUCGGUCUUGUGGUUUCGCCAUGGUUUGAGAAUUCAUGAUAAUCCUGCUCUACUGCGGGCUCUCGAGGAUACAGACAUCUUUUAUCCUAUAUUUAUUUUUGAUGGAGAAAGUGCUGGCACCAAACUCAUUAGUUACAAUCGGAUGAAGUUUUUGUUAGAGUCUCUAGAAGAUCUGGAUAAUCAGUUUCGAGCCAAAGGAGGAAAGCUCUACGUCUUCUUCGGGUCACCAAUUGAAAUUUUCGCAAAAUUCAAAGCUCAUCUCAAUUUCUACAAACUGACUUUUGAGCAGGAUUGUGAGCCUAUUUGGCAAGCAAGAGACAAUUCUGUGAAAAAAUUGUGCGACGAUUUGGAUAUCAUUUGGGAUGAAAGUAUCUCGCACACAUUGUGGGACCCCAGAGAAAUAAUUGACACAAACGGAGGUUCACCACCAUUAACGUACUCUAUGUUUCUUCACACUGUGUCUGUGAUUGGGCCUCCACCGAGACCGGUUGAGGAUCCUUGUUGGGAUGGAAUAAAGUUUGGUGUGCUACCAGAUAGUUUGAAGCGUGAACUUGAUGUCAGAGACAAGAUUCCUGUUCCAGCCGAUUUUAACCUCAAACCGGAAUUGAAGCAGUCGGAAUACACUAUCGAAUGGUUCGGCGGGGAAAAUCAAGCUCUGUCCAAUUUGCGGAAGAGAAUCGCUGUGGAGGAGAAAGCUUUUCGACAAGGAUUUUGUCAACCGAACCAAACUCAGCCGGAUUUGCUUGGUCCCCCGACAAGUCAGUCUGCAGCAUUGAGAUAUGGAUGCUUGUCUGUUCGGAAGUUUUUCUGGGCUCUUCAUGACACAUUCAGCGAUGUUCACAACAUGCCAUCCAACUCCAACAUCACAAGUCAACUUAUCUGGAGAGAAUAUUUCUACACCAUGUCUGUUGAUAAUAAGUACUACGCAGAAAUGGCACGGAACCCUGUUUGUCUGAACAUCCCAUGGUCAUCAGUGAAAGACGAGACAGCUAAGGCCAAUCUCAAGGCAUGGGAAGAUGGAAAAACUGGCUACCCAUUCAUUGAUGCCUUAAUGCGACAAUUAAAACAGGAGGGUUGGAUUCAUCACAUCGGACGUAAUGCUGUCUCAAGUUUCUUAACUCGAGGAGAUCUUUGGAUAUCCUGGGAAGAAGGCCUUCGCCAUUUUUUACGCUACCUACUUGAUGCUGAUUGGUCUGUUUGCGCUGGCAAUUGGAUGUGGGUCUCAAGCUCUGCUUUUGAAAAGUUGUUGGAUUGCAAUUUUUGUAUCUGUCCAGUUAAUUAUGGCCGACGACUUGAUCCGUACGGAGAGUUUGUCAAGCGUUAUGUACCAGAAUUGCAGAAAAUGCCGGUUGAGUAUGUUUAUGAGCCGUGGAGGGCACCAUUGGAAGUUCAAGAGCAUGCAAAUUGUGUUAUUGGUCGAGACUAUCCGAAAAGAAUUGUUGAUCACAAUGUCGUAUCUCAUGAAAAUAAAGAGAAAAUGAAGGAAAUCUGUAAAAGUUUGAAGGUGAGGACACCUCACUGCGCUCCCUCUGAUGAAUUGGAGAUAAGACAAUACAUGUGGCUUCCAGAUUCCUGCACAAGUCACCUUAGCACUUUGAAGUAAAUUAAUUAUCACCUGUCAAUUGCAUUUGGGUGUGAUUCUACUAGAUUUCAAUUCCUAUAAGGAAGAAGAAACAUUUUUUGACGCGAAACUCAACUUCGAGUUUAAAAAAAAAUUUAUAUCAUACUUAAUUGGGUAAGAAUUUUUGUGUUUUAAUGAAUUAGCAAAUUACUUUAAGUAACUAGAUUGCGUUUGCUGUCAAUUACGCUGUUUGUUCAUCUAAUUUUGGAACAAAUAUAGUAAGUUUUUAAUUUCCUCAUGUAUACGCUCUUAAAAUGAGUUUGAAAGAAUGACAUAAACUAUUGCUGCUGGGUAUAAGAUUAUAUUUAUGUAGGCCAUUUUUAUUCUAGUUACCAUGAAAUUCUGAAAAUAUUCGGAAACAUCAUAAGAAUGGAAGCGGAAUGUUUUUCUCUAGUUUAUAACAAAGAUUAAACGAACUAAAGUAACUUUUUAUUCUUGUUGAAUUUUCAUCUUUAUGGAAUGAAAGUGCUGCAGUAUUGUUUCCUGGAAUUAUAUUGUCAGCAUUUGAAGGUAUUUUCUACCUUUUGUAUCUUGCAGCUAUGUUGACAAUGUCAAAUUUGCUCUCAUAUUUUUGUUGUCAUGUAUUGUGUUCCUCCAUCCCUAGAUAUUUCAAGGUCUGAAUUCUAGUCAAAGUACGAAUAGUAAAAAGUGAUAAUUUAGGGUUUUUCAAUUCCUGUACCACCAGUUUAGGUGACGAAGAGACUCAAUCGAGUAUGCAGUAGUUAGUGAUCAUAUGAUCAUAGCCAUGGUAAGGCAGUGACCUAAUUAUUAAUAGUAUUGUCAUUAUAGAGAGAAAAAACUCUUUGAUAGCACAUUUUUCCUCUCAAAGUUAUGGUGUUUGGAGCAACAAUAGUUCCAAGUUAUCAACUUUUGAGGCCCAGCGCCAAAUAGCACAACUUAAAGAGAGAAAAUCUGCUCUUAAUGAGCUUUCACCCUCUGUAGUGAGAAUAUUUUGCGUUAUGCAGAGUUGUAACAUCACCUUAGGAAGAGAAGUAAAACAAGGGAAGUACAUAUAUUUCUUGACAGUCUUUGAAUCAAUGUAUCUUUACCCUAUUUUUGAAAAAUCAAUGAAUUGCACCCCUCCAGCAUAACUACUUCAGACGUUGCCUUACUUUCUCUGGUGUUUUAUUUUCUGAACAGAAAUCUAAGCAACGCUGAAACCUAAAGUAUAUUCUUGGGCGAGCUCUUUGUUAGUAUAUUCCUCAUAAUCUAGCUCUAGAAAAAAUAUCCAGAUAUUCAAAGACAUUAGGUAGUUAAGUUGGCUGUUCGAAAAUCAAAAAAGAAACUGGGCAAUGUGAAAUGCAGUCAAGGCUGAUUUAUACGAAUUUCGUCCACUUAUAGUUUCCAUUCGUGUUUACAAGUAAGGAAUUUACUACAGAUACCAUUAUCAUUAAAAAUCAGUGGAUACCUCAUUUUGAAGGUAGACGUAAUGAAAAAUUUGACAUUGAAGUAUUUUUUGUUUUAGCCUUUAACAUUUUCUUUGCUCGCAAAUGAGAUAUUAUCUGUUUAUUGCUGGCAGUGCAAUGAUUUUACGUUUUUCCCUCUUAUUUGUCCUUUAAAUUUAAAAUACAAAACCAAGCAAGGGAAGAAAAAUCGAAUUGUGCAUCAUUUACCAAACAGAAGAUUUUUCCUUUUACAAGCUCCUUUCAAUACUUCUACUAUCAACUUGAUGUUAAAAGUUAUGCAUCUUCUUUUUUCAAGUUUUUGCAAAUGCAUACCAUUAUUCCGAAAGUCGAGGAUUAGGUAUCACAUCAUUCUGCAGAUGUAGUUAAAGUGCAUCUCUCAUAAAAUAAUGUAUGUAUUUUGUUAAGAAGAGAUCAUAUCUGCUUUGAUCCAAUGGUUCACUGUCAUUUAGAAUUGUGAUGUUUUAAUUUUGUUCUCUUUCCCUAUUUUCUUGUUAUUUUUCCUUCUAGUUUGAUUCUUAUUUUUUGUUAUUGGUUGUUUUUUUAUUCUUAUUUACUUAUUUGGAAGAAUCUGCGCUUCUUGGGAAAAUCUAUCUCUGCUGCAAGAGAUGAUAAAGUUGCUGCAUUUUUUUUUAAUUUUUUGAAAUAAUCAAAUGAAGAAGAGAAAAUGUAGGUACCUGUUUAAUUGUGAUAGUUUCCUAGCUGAAUAUUAGAGUCUGAUAUUAGCUAAAAAAAUUGCUCCAAAGUCUUUCAUUCCUCUUUCUAGAAAUUCCUCUUUCUUUCUUUCUUUCUUUUAAUUGUUUGGAAAUUUAUUGCAUAGAAUUGUAAUGUACUCUAUUACGCUUGUCAUGAAGUUUUCUUCGUUUGGGACUCGGAUAAAUUAUUUUCCACUUGGAGGUAUAUCAGUGAAAUUAAAAAAAAAAAAAAUGUGUAUUUCCACUUGCAAUUUUACGAAUUUUCCAUCACGUUUUAUUGUAAUCGUUAGUAUUUUAUAGGAAUUUUUUCCUUUUAAAGAGACUCAUGUUGACUGAGGAACAUUAAAAAAAGUUAAAACUUUCAUUUUCACCGAGGGGAGUGGCUUUCAUAAGUCUUCUGCUUGGUCUACAUUUUUCUAUCGACUGAAAAAAUCGGGCACCCCAAACUCUAUUUCAAAAUUAAAUUUAUGGAAUUUUUACACUCUAUUUUUCUGCAGUUUUUACUCAUUUUAGAUUAAGGUAGUUCUAGAUGAACAACACAGAGCUUUCAAGACAUGCCUUCCAACGAUGUGAUGUAUUAAUGUGCGAGCUUAAAAAAAAUGUUACCGUAGAUACAACGGUGUUAAGUUCAGUCUUUAUUUUAUGCUGUAGUUUUAAAGUCCAUAUUUUUAAUGGAAAACGGUGAUUCCACUUACUACCAUUCAAUUUUCUGGGAACAAAUUAGAAAUGAGUCUCGGACUUAUUGACCAUACUGAUCUCACUAGGGGUAUCGUAAACAUAGAUACUAUAUGUAUUUUUAUGGAUUUAUUAUAUAGUUAUUUUUAAUUAUUUGUAAGUUUUAAAAAUGAUUUAAUUAAAUGUAGUUCCAUGAAUUA